GAGGCGCCGACGACCUGGUUGGGCGAACGGAUGUCGUCCUGCACCAGCUCGUACUGAAUCGUAGAGAGUCAACAUGUUUGGUUCGCGUACUUGAACGGCUCGUCCAGGACCACUUGGUCUAGAUGCUUCGAAUAUUCUUUAUUGAUGCUGCACCAGCCCGUCUGGAAAAAAAUACCGCACCACGCGGUCCAGGACAGCGAUCUCAGCUUUGCUCACCUCCCCGUGAGUUUUCUCACCGCAGCAGCCCGUGCUCGUUCCUCUCUCCCUCUCUCUGCUGGGAGCUCUUCUCUGCUGGGAGCUCUUCUCCGACGGGAAUUUUGGAUUGAAGUUGUUUCUGUUGAAGGAGAUGGAUCUUGACCAGCAGGCCGACAACUUGGGUGCAAAUGGUGGUGGUCUUGUAUGGCCAAGUGCCAUGUCAAGCUACAUGCUCCAGCACUUAGCUCAGCUUGUGUCCAGUGGUAUGAAAACUUCAACAGGUUUCAAACAAGUUCAUCUUAAUGGUUGUGCAAGAGCUUUGAUGGAGAACAUGGGUUAUCAUGUCACCGGCACUCAAGUUGGUAAUCAUUUGAGGAAGUGGAAAAAGAUAUAUGGAAAGAUUCAGAAGCUGAAAAAUUUGAGUGGAGCACUUUGGGAUGAAGAAACUUGCACUAUAAGUCUCGAACGAGAACAUUACCUUGCUCACAUUCAGAUUCAUCGUGACGAUGCUAAAUAUCUGAACUGUCCAAUAGAGCACUACCAUGAGAUGGCAACUAUUUUUGGCAAUAGCUUGGCAACAGGUGCAUAUGCUAAGGGGGCUAGUGACCCUCUUGCCUCAGAGGUGACUGCAACAGCGAAUGCAUCACAAGAGACUAAAGAUGGUGCUGAAACAAAUGAACAAGGAGAAGGUUCACCACUUGAGGCUGAGGAGAUGACAUUUUCAGCUAACACAAAUGGUGCAGGGAGCUCUGGAACUAAACCACCACCAGCAAAGAAGCAUAAAGUAGCUGCUGUUGAGGAUCCAAAUAUUGCAAUGGUCAGUAUAAUGAGUGAGGGUCUUGGGAACCUUGCAGCAGCCAUAGAGAAGGUGGGGAAGGAAGAUGAUGGCAUUCCUGAAGGGUUGUAUGAUGACAUGAUGAGUAUUCCUGGAUUUGAUGAGGCGCAUCUAGAUCACUACUAUGCUUAUUUGUGCGAACAUCCAUCACUUGCAAGGCGCUUCUACAAUAUGCGUUUGUCAUCAAAGAUGGUGUGGGUUGCGAGGUACAUCAAGGAGCACCUUUGAGGAGAACCUUUGUGGUCCUGAUGAGUAGGUGCUAAAGUGCAGUGUAUUUUGAUAACCACCAAACUGUUAAAAAUGGUGGCUAAAGACAAAGCACAUGUGAUGCUUGUAGUUGUUAGGUCGUCUUGGUGAUUUUGGUAUAUAUUUUGCUAACCCACUUGUUACAGUGGUGGUUGAUGGCAUGUAAGCACGGGUGGACAUGCAAUGGUAAUUGUUAGGAUGAUGUUGCUGUAGUAUAUUUUGCUAACCACAAACUUGCUAUAAUGGUGGUUGAUGGCAUGUAAGCACGGGUGGUGGUUGCUAUUUAUGGAACUUGGUAUU